AACAAUCGUUAUAAUAAUAUCAUGGUUACUAUAUUUAUAUAGUGACGUUAAACGGUUUUUGACUCUUAUUCUUAUGUUAUUGGCUUAUUGCUACGUGCUGGAGACCUGUAAAAAUAUAGUAAUCUAUGGAUCUUAAACCAAUUUAUGUUAACAAUGUAGUAACUAAUUUAAAUAAUUCAUGAAUUCAUGAUUAACAUUUAAUUUAAUUUUUGUUUUUUUACGUUAAUUUGUUCAAUGAUUAUAGUGUUAAUUGAACAAUAAUAAAAUAACGUUCAAAUACCUAUGAUUCAACGAUGGAGCGGAAAAACGAUAUGUUAGGUUUCGAUGAUAUUGUGUUUAUGCUACUUGAAACAUUGAAGUCUAAUGGCACAUUCGAUGAAAUCCGUAGACAUUGUGUUACUGAUAUUGAUGCCAAGCCAACUUACCAAAACUGGAAACAGCGAAUAGAAUCAAAUGUCAACAAAUUUUUGAGCAAACUAAAAUAUACUCCCGAAUUAAAUAAAACCACUGUUCGAGAACAACUUCGAAAACAUUUACUUGAUGGACAUGAGAUUCAAGAUAUUGAAGAAGGAGCUGAUAGAAUACUUAUUCAAAUACUUGCGCCUCGUACACUAAGUAUUUUUGAACCUAAAAUAUCAGUUGCUGUUGAUGAAUACUUGGGAAUUAAAAAUGAUGCUCCUCCAAUUGAACUUAACAGUUUUAAAGAAUCUAGUAUGGAUUCAAUAAAUGUAUCUAACAUUGAAAAUAGUACUGUUUUCCAUCCCAAAAUAGGUGCUGAUAAUAUACCUUGUGAUAAAACACAAAAAGAUGAUAGAAAAGACUUAAGAUCAUACAAAAAAGAAAAAUCUUCUAGUCUUUGUAAAGAGCCCAAAUUAUUGAAUAGUAAUCGAACUGAUGAUGAAAAUGAUACUGGAAGAUCUUUAAAACAAAAAAGUAGUCAACUUAUAGAUAAAACUUCUGCAUCUUACAAGUCUAAGUCCUCUACUAAUCAUAAAAGUAAUAAAAAAGAUAAUAGUUGUAAAGAAGUUGUAAAUAAAUCUAAAAAGGUAGCUAAUAAAUCUAAAGGUGUUAGUAAAUUUAAAGAUAUUGUUGACAAAUUUAAAGAUAUUAGUAAACCUAAAGAUAUUUUUGAUAAAUUUAAAGAUAUUAGUAAGGCUAAAGAUGUUAUUGACAAAUCUAAAGAUAUUAGUAAGCCUAAAGAUAUUGUUGAGAAAUCUAAGGAUAUUAUUAAUAAGGCUAAAGAUGUUAUUGACAAAUCUAAAGAUAUUAGUAAGCCUAAAGAUAUUGUUAAUAAAGCUAAAGACAUGGUUGAUAAGUCUAAGGAUAAAUCAUUUUUGUCAACAAAUUCUAAUUCUAAUAGUUCUAGUCAUAAAAGUAACCAAACAGAUACAAAAAGAACUAAACGUUCUCUUGAAGAUAAAAAAAAAUUGUCUAGUCUUUGUAAAGAGCCUAAAUUAUUGAACAAUAAUCAAAGUGAUGAUGAAAGUAAUGCAGGAGGAUCUUCAAAACAAAAAAGUACUUUACACAAAAAUAAAAGUUCUUUAUCUGACAAAACUAAGUCAUCAUCCAGUAAUCAUAAUAAUAGUAGAAAAGAUAAUACUAGUACUGACGUUGUUGAUAAGUCUAAAGAUAAAUCUUUGUCAAAGAAUUCUAUUAAAACUGUUGAUAAAUUUAAAAACAAGUCUUUAUCAAAAAAUACUGGUAGCUCUACCAUUACUGAUAAAUCUAAAGACAAAUCUUCAUCAAAGAUUUCUAGUAGUAUUGACAUUAAUAAUUCUAAAAAUAAAUCUUUGACAAAGUAUUCUACUUGCUCAAUUCAUAAAAGCAACCAUAAUGAUUCUAAAAGGCUUAAAGUUUCUCAACCGGCAAAAAAAAAAUUACCCAUCAAUAAUAAAAAUGUUGAAAAAAAUAAAUCAGAAAAACCUGAAUGGAAUGAUUUUCAAAGUUCUGAUAUAACAAAUGACGAACAAGAUGCAGCAAAUGUUUUAUUAUCAAUGAGUUCAAUUUCUUAUGAAAGUUCUCAUGGUAAAAUUAUAACAGAAAAUUCUUCUCCCAUUUCUAAAACCUUAAAAAUGCCUAAAAUAGAAAAUGUUGAUCAAAAGAAAAUUCUACCAUCUAGUAAUAAUGAUAAUAUUAAAGACAAUUCUCGAUUAAAAUCAAAGAAUUUAAAAACAUCACAAUUACAAAAUACUGUAAAAAGUGUAUCAAGCCCUGUUGGCCAUUUGUUUGAGAAAGUUUGUUCUGUUGAUAUUGAAAGUAAUGAAGUUAGUGUACCUGUUAUUGAUAAUGUAUCAAUAAAUAUAAUGUGUGAAAAAUUAGAACAAAAAUCUAACAAUGAUACGGACAUAAAAAUUAAUGAUUCAGCAAAUACCUUAUCCAAACAAAUAUUACAUGAGAAAAUAGAAAAUAAUAGUGUAAAAGUAUUGGAUGAUGACAAAUCACAUUACUCUUUCAAAGGAUUUUCUGAAGCAGAAACUAUUCCGUGUAAAAACUAUAAACUAUUAAAAAAUGUGAUCAAUACCUUACAAGUAAAGAUUAAUAAUCAUGAUGUGAUUAUUGAUGGAUUCAAAGGUUUUAACAGUGUAGAAACUCAUCCAUGUAAACAUCGAGAUAUUGUUUAUGCUGAGCUUAUCAAGUUGAAAGAUAGUAAAUCUAGUUCAGACUUUAUUGGAUUCUCUGAAGAAGACGCUCAACUGAGUAUUGGACAUAAAUAUGUUAUACAACAGCUCGAACUUGCCAAAAAACAAAACAAUGUAGAUAAUCAUCAAGAAAAUGUUAAGUUUGGUAGGAAUGGAAUCCAGAAUGGAAACACGUUUAAUGAAGUUAUGGCAGAAUAUUUAUAUAAAAGUAACAAUGAUAAUGUUACAACAUCAAAAGAGAUCUACAGUAAACCAAUAAAUGAUACUAAAAAAGAUUGUCCUACUGUAAAUAAUAAUCACAAUCAUGACAAUUGGGUUCUUCAACAAGAAAUGAAGUAUAAACUUUUACCUGUAAAGGUAAAACUUGAAAGAUUAAUGGAUUAUAGAUGUAAUAAUGCUAAACGUGUGUCUGACUCUUCACAGGUGCCCAUAUGAUUAACAGUAAAAAAAUAAUAUUUAACAAGAAUCAUGUCUUCGAUUUUUUUUCAUCAAAAAUAAUUGUAAAUAAGGGUCAAAAAGAAGUAUUCUUGUUUAAUAUGUAUGGUCAACAAACAGAACUCUGAACUUAUUUCAAAUAUGGUUGUGUGAUUAUUCCUUACCUUUUCAUUACAAUUAACAAAAAUAAUAAACUUAUUAUUGAAUAUUUUACAGCUUGAAAUAGUAAAUUUAAUAAUUAAAUAAAAACAAGAUGAAUAAUAUGUGAAAUAUUUUUACAUCUAUGCCUUCUCACUCUUUGUUUACUUAUUUAAUUUUGACUUGUUGUAUAAUUUAAUACAUUACAAACAUUGUAUAUCAUUAAAUAAUAAAAUAUUUAAUUUUUGUUAACUCAUUUAAAAAAUUGUUUUUUAAUUUUAUUAUAUUGUAAAAGUGUUUAAUUUUAUUUAUUAUUAUAUUUAAUGUCAUACUAUCUAAUUACAUCUAAAUAAAAUGAUUAUUCAUUAAAUUUAAAUUAAACAUGUAUACCGUUUUCUUUAAUCUUUUUUUUAUGUUAAUUACACUAGAUGAAGUAUAUGAACAACUUUAAUUUUUUUAAAUUAGUUAACAAUUUCUUCAUUAUAAAUUACAUUAAUUAUAAGUCAACAAUCAACUAUUAAAUGCAAAUAC